AUGGCCUUCACUUACGAUAGUGUUCACCUGCCUCAACCGAAGAAACAGAUUCGGCUACUAUACCUCCAACCUGCGAGUGAUGAUUCGGACAUCCAAGCCAGACUGGAAGUGUGCAGAUUGGAUAAUUGCCCUCCUUUCAGAGCCAUUUCGUACACAUGGGGCGACCAGAAGCCUGAGAUGACGUUAUACAUCAAUGGCGGCAGCUGUCGCGUGCGCAUGAAUUGCUGGUACGCUCUCUGGCAAAUGCGACAUCACGAGCAUUCUGGGCCUCUCUGGAUCGACUCCAUCUGCAUCGAUCAAUCCAAUCUCGAGGAAAAAAAUGCACAGGUCUCGCUCAUGGGAAAGAUAUACAGCAAAGCACAGUCGACGGCUUGCUGCCUUGGCCCUGGUCGCAAUCUUGCCCACGCCCAAAGGCUUUUGCGGCCAGAUCAAUAUGGGAACGCCACAUCGAGCAUUCUUGCGGCUGAUAAGCGCCUUCUUUGGGAGCUGCAGCAUAGGUCUUACUUCAGACGCACUUGGAUCAAGCAAGAAAUUAUUCUCAGCAAAGAGAUCCACCUCUUCUGUGGCAUGGACAAUCUUGACUGGAACACGUAUGUCAAAGUGUUAAACAGCUGCUCCAGUGAUGACAUGAAAUUACUUGCACAGAUUCAAUGGCAGCGUCCGGAAAUCAGCGAUCUUGCCAACGAUGUUCACAUGACGCUCGUGGAGGGCCGGAUAGCGCGCCACGUCAGUAUCCAGUCCCCUCAAGAUGUGGCGUUCUUAAGCCGGAAAGGCUCUACAUUGCGGCCCUGGGCUGAGCUUUGGAGGUUGUUGAAUCAGUAUGGAGGUUCAGAAUGUCAAGACCCACGCGACAAAGUGUAUGCCCUUUUGCCCCUUCUGCCGGAGCAGUCACUGAUGGAACUGGAAUUCACAAUCGACUACACGCUUCCGGUUCUGCCGCUUUGUCUCAAUAUGAUUGAGGGCUACAUCAAGGAAUGCCUUACUGCGACUCAAACCCAUCCUGUAUCUCGGACAGUCCCUGACACAUUUUGGGACUCGAUGGCACAAAUGAUUGAACAUUGGCUGCACUCCGAGCUUUCCGACGCUGCUGUCUUUGAUUUCAUAUCUCGUUGGAGGACAAUAGACGAGCAAAGUAUGGUUCGUGCAGUACAACCCGGUCAAUUGGCCAUGUCCGCACACAGCCCACGAUUCAUUCGUAUGGAGGUGUGGCAGCGAUUAGAGGUUCUCGGGCAUACUCGUGACCUGUAUCAAGAAGCUCUGUGGGACAACCACCAUCAACUUGUAGAGGACGAGUCACUUCUUCCCGAGUACUCAGACUUUAUCCCGACGUACCUCAGUGAUGCCAUGACAAUCGAACAAAUCCAGAGGUUCUUUGAGCGUACGGCGGAUUUUGACAAGUGGGACCCCGAGCUGGACUCUUCGGCUCCACAUUCACAUGGAUUUGUCUUCUCCGCACUGCCUCCAGACCUACGGAUCAAAGUUUUGAUUGCCAGAAAAGAUAGGAGUGGGCAAAGGUUUCUUGUGUCUGCCAAUACUGCAAUUGGAGAUGAGCUGCUUCUGUGUCCCUCGAUGAGCCAACGACAUGGAGAAUUCCUUUGCCCCAUCGUUCGACCUGCUGGGAAGUCAAGUCAGCUGCUAUCAUUAGUAGAUGAUAAGACACGCCGUUCCUACUUGGCAGGUUGGGCUGUACAACUGUGCUAUGACGGAUCGCUACGAAGAAGCCCCGAAAUGCUGCUCGGCGGAUUCGAAGAUAUGCACACAAGAGCAAAAAAAAGAUACGUAUCCCUCCAACGGACUCUGCACUUCUACAUGAAUCAUCAAGAUUUGAUACUGGACGCGAUUCUGCGGCAGGAUGCAGCGAGUUACUUGGCAUAUCCUCGCACUCACCCGAAAGAACCUUCCUUUCUCGAGGAUAUCCUUCAUGACCGAACUGAAAUGGCCAAGGCUGAAAUAUUUUCAAGCAAGAAGAAAUCUAGAAGAGUGGGCUUUGCAUAG